CUAGAAUCGAUUGCGGUUGCGCGGGCCGGAAGCGUUGAUUGCUUCUGUCUGUUACUUAGACAUGGCGGUGGAGGCGGCGGAGGCCAAGGUCCAGGUGGGAAGGCAGAGGAGGGACGGCCGGGCCCGAGGGCCCGGUCGGGGCCCUGCCUUGUGCUGACUGAGAGUGUGGCCGGGAUUAGGUCCGGGACCGGUAUCGGGCCUGGGUCUGUGCCGGCCUGGCCGGCCAUGGGGGAUCCCGGUGGCGGCGGCCGCCGGGCCUGGUGCUUGCGGCGGAUGGGGAUGAGCGCCGAGUGGCUGCUGUUGGAGGAUCGUAGCGAGAUGAGGAAAGUGAGGCAGACAGAGGGUUAAGUGACUUGCCCAGGAUCACACUGCUAGUGACAGUUGGACGAGGAUUUGAUGUCACGUACCAGCUGCUUUCUAAAAUUUGUCCAUUGAUGAUUUCUCGAAAGCACUGUAUUUUCAAGCAGAAUGCUGAGGGCCAGUGGACAAUGAUGGACAACAAGAGUCUGAAUGGUGUGUGGCUGAACAAAGAACGCCUGGAACCUUUAAAGGCCUAUCCUAUCCAGGAGGGAGACCGAAUCCAGCUUGGAGUUCCACUAGAAAAUAAGGAGAAUGCAGAAUAUGAAUAUGAAGUAGCAGAAGAAGACUGGGAAAAGAUCCACUUGUGUCUUGCCCUGAGGAAUGAUAAGCCAGUAGUUAGGUGCUCAAGAACCAAAAGGAAAUGUAGUUUAGAGGAAUUGGAUAGCCCUGGAGCAGAGGGCUCUUCAGAUUCCAGAACCAAAGUAAAUAAAGUGUCCCAUGACUGUGAGCAGUCAGGGAAGUCCUGUGGAAGAGGUGAAAUGGCCAAAAAGUCCCCUAAAAAUGUAGACCAAAAGUUGGUGUCUCCUGGACCAAGUGGGGAAAGAGCAGCAGCAGAGGAUGACCUUGGGACUGUUUCAGAAAAAGCAGCAGUGCUGUGGAGCAAGGAGCACAAAAGCCCAAGCCUGUCCCAGUCUCAGUGCAGCUUGGACAUACUGAAGAAGACGAUGGCCAAGAUCCUCAAGCUCAAGGUGAAGGUUCAGGAGAAGCAGGUGGCUGUUCUGAGCGUGAAGCAGCAGAGCCACAAGAGAGUCCAGAAGGAGAUUGUGAAGAUGGAGGAGGAGCUCCAGGAGCUCCAGGAUCAGUUGUUUACAGAGCAAGUCCAGCAGCAGCAGAGAGUGGAGCAGCUCGAGAAAAAUUUCCAGGAGAAGGAGCAGCACUUAGAGGGUUUGGAGAAACAGCAUGGGGAAAAGGACCUGAAGGAGCAGCUGGCACAGGCCCUGCAGGAGCAUCACAUUCUAAUGGAAGAGUUAACUCGGAGCAAGAAGGACUUUGAAGCAAUCAUUCAAGCCAAGAAUAAAGAGCUGGAACAGACCAAGGAAGAGAAAGAGAAAGUGAGAGCACAGAAGGAAGAGGUUCUAAACCAGAUGAAUGAUGUGCUAGAAAAUGAGCUUCAAUGCAUCAUUUGCUCGGAACACUUCAUUGAGGCUGUCACCUUGAACUGUGCCCACAGUUUUUGCUCCUACUGCAUCAAUGAGUGGAUGAAGCGAAAAGUGGAAUGUCCCAUCUGUCGACAAGAUAUUGAAUCUAAAACUCGCUCCCUAGUGCUGGAUAAUUGCAUCAACAAGAUGGUUGAGAAACUGAGUUCUGAAAUGAAAGAGCGACGAGAAAUUCUCAUUAACGAAAGAAGAGCAAAGAUUUCUGAAGACCCAGCUCCCUGCAGUGUAUGUGACUGAAGGACGAGGAGAUUUCAGCAUGGAUCUGGAGGGACAUUUGUUCAGAAGUAGUUCAUUCCUGCCUUUGGGACAGAGACCUGGGUGUGAUAUUCUGAACUCCUGCCUCCAUCACUAUCUGCAUUAUCAUCUUGUUUACCAGAGCAGCUCCCCAAUUUUGGAUAUUAUUUCCACUUCUCACUUUGUGGAAGAUGCUUUAUCAUAAGUAUUUCAUCAUACAUCAAAUGGGGUUUGGGGGGUGGGGUUUUUUUUCCCCAUUUCAUUGUUAGAGCAUCCACAUUGACUCUUUUGAGGAAGCUGUGAAUUACCCCAACUGCCCUGGGAUGGCUAAAGUGACUUGCUGCAGGAGGAAGACAAGUAUACUUUUCUUAGAUGGAUUUAGAUAUCCUCUUGCAAACAAGGUAUCAUUUCCCGGUAAUAAAAUGUAUCAGCUGCUCAGCUGGGCUUUGAUGUAUUUACCUUCCUUCCCUUUUAGCUCGGAGAUAGCUUCACAAGCAAACACUGGCAACUCAUUGAAUGCAGCAAAGCAGCUGUAUCCAGGAGCAGACGAUACCCUACCAGUGAACAUCAAUCAGGGAGGCCCAGUCAGAUCUCAUUGCCUUAGAGCAGAUGUGCUCUGUUAAGGCCUCACACAAUCAUGUUUUCUUCUCUGCUCCAAUAUGUGGUAACUGGACCAGUUCUGGCCUGCUGCAGUCCUGUCGAGGUGUUUGUUUUCUUUCAUCUGUACACCUGGAAUUGCCAACAUGUUUUAUCAAAUGUCAUGGAGAUAGGAUCUGUCUUCUUAAGAACUGUGUGAAUAUGUAUGUAAUGUGUAUUUAAUUAAAACUUAGUUUUUUAUGUGACUCCCUCUUUUUCUAUAAAAUAAAAAAGUCUGUCUGUGUCUAGUGGGAGGCAGCAGCCUUUAUGACUUUUAUGACUUCUAAUAGGAUCCUUUGCUGCUGAUGACGAGAAUGAGGAGAGACAGGUAUCAAAAUCAGGAAGAGAAAUUCUUACUGCUGCGGGCCCUCCUAGGAUGGUCAAACUCUUUGUUCAAUUGUUGUCAUUCAUGUGAUUUGUAUCCUGAUCUGCUCUUGAUAUAUUUAGAUACAUUUGGAACUGGCCGAAUGAACAGUCAUAUGCAAAAAAUAUCAAUUUGUGCUUUUAUGUGAACCUUAAUGGAGAUUUCUUCUAACAUGCCACCAUGCCGGUGAUUUUGAUAAAUUGAUGGCAGCCAUAAAAAUGGUAAUAAUGAUAUAUGUUCUAUCUACCUCACGGGGUUGUUGUAAAAAAAAUGCUCUGUAAUCAAAGUACUUUGCAGAUGUGAGUUAUUAUAAUUAUGUCAUACUUAACCCAAUUCACAAAUGCCUCAAACCUGGAAGAGAUAGCUAUUAUGUUGACAGACUGAGAAUCCAAAAGGAACUCAUGUGCUCAUAACCCACAUUAAUAAAAGCCACAUCAAUAAAUUGUCUAGAGCAAGAGCAGUUUAACACUC